AUUCGUGUCGGUGCCGUGCCGUGCUGCUGUUAAAUAAUCGUAAUCAAGGCUGCUGAAACCCGAAUCUCCUAAGGUCGGCCACGCAGCUUUCUCCCCGAUAACGGUCACGCCAGACGGAAGCAACACGAUGGAGGUGGAAAUUUUGGAUGCCAAAAGCUCAAAAUCGCUUGGAAAAUGCCGUGUCUCCGGCGACACUACGCUGCAGGCGCUCAAAACUGAGGUGCAAAGGUUAAAACCCACCCUGACCGUGCACCGCCAGUCGCUCCGGUUGGAACCGCGCGGAAAACCUCCGAAGGAAAGCGAAACCCUCCAAUCGCUCAACGUAACCUCCGGUGGUAAAAUAUACGUGCGAGAUCUCGGCCCCCAAAUCAGCUGGAAAGGCGUGUUUCUGGCGGAAUACGCUGGGCCGAUCUUUGUGUACAUGCUCUUCUACCAGCGGCCAUCAUUUAUCUACGCAAAUGCGGACAAUCCGAUGACUCUCACCGCUAACAUUGCCGCAGCCUGCUGGGUUGCACACUAUGCCAAGCGUCUGCUGGAAACGUUGUUCGUUCACCGGUUCUCCCAUGCUACUAUGCCGCUGAGAAAUUUGUUCAAAAACUGCUCCUACUACUGGGCUUUUGCCGGCUACGUGGCCUAUCACGUCAACCAUCCACUAUUUACGGAACCUUGCCAGGCUCUCGUAUAUGCCGGGCUGGCCACAUUUGUGGUCAGCGAGCUAGGUAACUUCUCCAUCCACAUCUUGCUGCGAAACUUACGGCCAGCGGGUUCGAACGUGCGAAAAAUUCCAGUUCCGGAUGCGAAUCCGCUCACGCAGCUUUUUAACUUCGUCUCGUGCCCAAACUACACGUAUGAGUUCUUCUCGUGGGUUGGCUUUACGCUGAUGACGUCCUGUAUUCCGGCCGGUUUGUUCGCAGCCGCCGGCAUGUAUCAGAUGACCGUGUGGGCCCUCGGCAAACACCGCAACUACAAGAAAGAGUUUAAAGACUACCCCCGGAGCCGUAAGGCCAUUCUUCCUUUCGUGCUGUAAGGCACGAAAGUCAUGAAAUUUCCACACAAUUCGUGACAAAUGCGUUUUGGUAUUCGGUGUUAUUUUAUUUACGAUAGCUCGGGAUAAAAAGGAUGUAUAGAAUGUAACGAAACUUUGUUUUUUUGGUGUUUUUUUUUCGUACUGUUAUGAACCAUUUUUUCCGGUUGAGGUUCUUUUUUU